AUGGUCGUUCUAACCAUAUUUUUUGCUCUUAUUAUCGUCUCAAAGUCGGCUAUCAGUCCAUGGGUGGAAGAUACUUCACUCUCUACACAUUUAAGAGUCAAAAGAGCGGUCGAGUUUGCUUUUAAAGAACAAACUAAUUUGGACUUGAUGAUUAAUGAAGAUACAACCAGACCUUUUGUGAGAGGUAACACUUUCACAACGUCACUCUCGCUAUUUCCGAACCUUGAAAUAAUACAAGUACACAACACUGAGUUCACAACCUGGCAAACGACUAAAAUAAUUGACUGGACCACUGCAUUCUUCCCUUUGACUAAUUACACAAAAACACUUUCUUUUUUGGAAGAACCAGAUGUAGACACUACAAAGGCUUUUGUUGCGUUCAUGUCGUAUCCUGUUUCUAACACCAUUAUAUCAAAACCGACUUUUGGGAGAACUUUAACAUCAAUACAAAUUAAAGGAGGAGAAAAUAAAGACAGUAAUGUUUAUUCCAUAGUGGGUAACGUAUUUAUAGACUAUGACUUAGACAUAUGUAAACGUAUGUUUAACACUGGGUUUACACAAGAAUACACAGAGACAAUGAAAGAUUGGGAAGAAGUGUUGUCGACGACCAUGUGGAGUGAAGGAAUAGAUGUGUCCACUUUCAUGACUUUCUCCAUAGAAGGAUACUUUUGUUUUCCUAUGGUUGAUUACAUAUUCUUUGAUGAAACAUCCAAAGUGUCUACAAAGUGGAAAUACUGUAACAAGUAUCUUGAAGACACUGAUAACUUUAAUAGUGAUCCUUGUUGUAACAGAAGUGCCCCAGGCAAAUGCAACACAUUCAGAGAUAGAAAGUCGACAUAUAUGGGAAAAGAGCCUGUCUGUAUGUUCGACUUUUUAAAUAAUGUGGAUAUGAAUUUGACUGAUAAGCAAAAAAUAGAGUUAAAUGUGAGGUCUUUUGCAAUGACCGAAGUCACACAGUAUUUCCAUGACUACCACUUUUGGUCUCUUCCAACUGUUUUAUGGAAUUUUAUUAAUUCAAACCAACACAAGAGAUACAAUUUGGAAGAGUUGGAAAUGAGCGUUGCAGUUGCAUUGGGAGAGCCGAAAUCAGUUGAGUUUGAAUUUGAUCCUGCGCAUCCCAACUACUGUUAUGCAUAUGAUGGAAGACAUUUCAAUUCAAAAGAUGACAAUCCCAAUUGUGAGGGAUAUGUUUGUGAUGUUAAAACCGAUCGGUGGGUAUUCAAAUCUAAAGAAGAAGCUCUUUCAAAGUGUCCCCAAUUAGCUACCAAAUGUGCUAUACAAAAUCAAGGAUGUGGUAUUGGUGAUAAUGUAAAGAGACCGGCUAAUGUAAGUGAUAUUGGUGACUCUUUCAAGCGAUUUGUGAGUGUUCUUGAUAUCACUCCAGAGGAGUGUACUGCAAUCAAAGGAAUUGAUUUGACUCAAAUGAAUUCAAAUACUGAUGAUGACUAUGAGUGUCUCAGUCAAGUAGUCGGAUGUGCAGAGAUAUUAAGUCCCGAGUUUGUUCAUUGUGAUGAAGCAAGCAUGUUGACUAAUGUUUUCAUGUUUAAUGAAAGGACUUUGCCACGUGCAGAGACGUUUAGACUAAAAAGAGCAACAGCAGACACUCCGGUGAAAAGUUCAGUGAAGACUCUUACUCCAAAUUAUGAAGAUUCUAUUAAAGUGUUUUAUGUGAAAUACAUUGCAGCUGAACUCACACAACGAGCUCCAGUUUUCUUUGAAUUUUUCAAUAGAGAAAUAUCGACCUUUAUCACUGACUGUGUAUUUGUUGGGAAGGAUAAAUAUGUAGAUUAUAGUGGUGUUGAUUUUCCAUUGACAGUGAUGACAUUGAACAGAGACAAAUCAACCAAAUAUGAAGAAUUUGAGUUGGAAGCUGCAGGGAGUUUAGACGACUUAAAAAUGAUACAAUAUGAUCGAUUUUAUGCGUGUGGGUCAACUGCAAUAUUUGGGACUAUAGAUGGACGUGCGAAGGUCAUGGGAAGUCAAUAUCCUUUGUUAAAUUAUUUUAAUGAAAAAAUCGAUGAAGCAAAAGACAAUUUAGGGUUUAGAAUGCCAGUCAAAUACAAUGACUCAAUUGGUGGGCGAGAUGAAAGUUUCACGAUUGGGUAUAUCGUAGGAGACGCUGUCAAAUUUACUGAAAUAGUUGCAGAAAACCAUUCAGCCAUAUAUAUGGGAAUUAGUGAAUAUUCAACAGUCGACUUCACAGAGGCAAGUACAUAUCCUAUUAAUGACUUUUUAAGAAUAAGAGAAACAGAAGAGAAUGGGCAAACUAAGUUAUGGAUAGAACCCCUUUAUUUGGAAUGUGUCCACACUUCUUCUGACGAUAACAAAUUUGUGUUUGACUUUGUCAACUCGUAUGUUCUUUGUAAGGUACCAGAAAGCGUCUAUUUAACAUUCACUAAAGACGAUGGCAUAUUACCAAUUUACAGACUCCCUAAAAAUAAAAUUAAAAAAGACUACCCUAAAGAUUCUAACACUAAAACAGUCGUUGUAAUAGUAGUACCAUCAGUCAUAGGAGCUUUGAUUCUUAUUACUCUUCUAAUUGUUAUAAUUGUUGGGACUAUCAAGUACAGAAUCGCUAAGUGA